GCCUGAGGAGGAGGCGAUGGUUCGGGCGGCGGGAGGAGAAUGCGAGACAGGUUAGGAAUAGAAGCGGCAGCACUGGGGCCUAGCAACUUUAUCAACAACCGAGGCCCUGAACAAGAGACCAUAGGUCCCCUGUUUACACCGCAGGCGGGGACAGCUUCCCCGGGGGACGGGGAUACCGUAGCCGCCAUCUUGUAGGAAUCUGGGUGGCGGGGGUGCCUCAAGGAAGGGCCUAGGUUACCCAGGCAACCGCCCGCCAUCUUGGUGAGGGAAUCCGGUGUAUACCAAGAGAGACACGGGAUUUCCAGAUUUAGGGUGAUGAUGUCAGAAAAAAUCAGCUAGAAUUGUCUGUUCUGAAUUUCUGUACUGUGCAUAUCGUCACGAUUUUUUUUCAACUGCCUCUUUACAAGGUGUCAAGGGGAAGAAACAGGAAAACCAAAUCAAACCACUUCAAAACACGACGGAGUCACUGGAUUCAAAAAGACCCGACUAUGAUCUGCCUUUGAAUUUGGAAGGACAAAUGCUUGUGUGUUCUGUCUUUGGGAAUAGAUUUCGGACUUUGGUGUGAGUGUGAAAGCAUUGAGACUCUCACAAUCUCCUGAGUGAGAGUGCUCUAACAAACUGACUGUGGAAAGAGCUUUAACUAAUUAUACAGCCUGAAGACCCCAUCACAUCAUUUACUGUGUUUAUAAACAUAUUGUAUACCUGAACAAGUUUCGAACUUCUCAUUAAACCUGGAAAAUACAAGGACACCAACAACAUGGAGAAACCUUGGAAAUGUGAGAACUGUGGAAAGGGAUUUAGAUACCCAUCCAGGCUGGAAUACCAUCGACGCAGUCACAUUGGGCCUAGCACUGGACAGAAACCGUGGAAAUGUGAGGAUUGUGGCAAAGGAUUUGAUUAUCCAUGCCUGCUGGAAACCCAUCGACGCAGUCACACUGGAGACAGGCCAUUCAUCUGCUCUGUGUGUGGAAAGGGAUUUGCCAAGUCAGCCAGCCUCAUGUUACACCAGCGAAUUCACACUGAGGAGAGACCGUUCAGCUGCACUUAUUGUGGAAAGAGGUUCAGACAGUCAUCCACCCUCACUGCACACCAGCGAAUUCACACUGGGGAAAAGCCGUUCACCUGUUCAAUAUGUGGGAAGAGAUUCGCUCAGUCAUCCAGCCUCCAGGCACAUCAACAAAUUCACGCCGGGAAGAAGCUAUUCAAUGGCACUUCCUGCAGAAAGAGGUUGAAGUCUUCAGCUGACCCGAGGUCACACCAGCAGAAUGAUCCUGGACAGAGGCCAUUCACCUGUGCCAUGUGUGGGAAGGGAUUUACUCAGUCAGCCAGCCUCAUGUUACACCAGAGAAUUCAUACUGAGGAGAUGCCAUUCAGUUGCACUCACUGUGGGAAGAGGUUCAGGUCUUCAUCCAACCUCAAUGCACACCAACGAGUUCACACUGGGGAGAAGCCAUUCAUCUGCUCCGAGUGUGGGAUGGGAUUCACACAGUCAGCAAACCUGGCUGUACACCAGCGAAUUCACACUGAAGAGAAGCCAUUCAAUUGUACUCACUGUGGAAAGAAUUUCCGGCAAUCAUCUACCCUCACUGCACACCUACGUACUCACACUGGAGAGAGACCAUUCACCUGCUCAGAGUGUGGGAAGGGAUUCACUCAGUCAGCCAGCCUCAUGUUACAUCAGCGAAUUCAUAAUGGAGAGAUGCUGUUUAGCUGCUCUUACUGUGGAAAGGGUUUCAGGCAGUCUUCUGACCUCACUGCACACCAGCGAGUUCAUACUGGAGAGAAGCCAUUCAUCUGCCCUGUGUGUGGGAAAGGAUUCACUCAUUCAUCUGGCCUUUGGUCACAUAAGCGAGUUCACACUGGGGAGAGACAAUUCAGCUGCAUUGCCUGUGGAAAGAGGUUCAGGUCUGCAUCUGACCUCAAUGUACACAAGCGAGUUCAUACCGGGGAGAGGCCAUUCAUCUGCUCCACAUGUGGGAAGGGAUUCACACGGUCAUCCAAUCUGCUGACACAUCAGCAAAUUCAUAAGCGUCAGCAGAGUUUGGAUUCUAUUGUUAAUCACAUCCAGGUUUGAUUAUAUGACAGUGUUUGAUGUGGUUCUGCUGAAUGUAACGACUUUGGUACUUGGCUGUGGUUGAAUAUUUUGGAACUGUUCCUGAUUUGUGGGGUUGCAGUGUCCCUAGAAAAACACAAUCUGCGAUCUUUUCACUAAAUUUAAGAACUCUCAUUGGUAGGAACUUGAUUAUAAUAAAUUUAUGAACUUUUACUUCAA